AUGUUCGGGUCAUUACAUAGAAGGGGGUUCACAUUUCUAAAAUGUGGAACUGAACGCUUUUUCUUUAAUGAUUUUUGCUACACAGUAGGGUCUUCAUUUCAUCCAUCGCGUUUAAAUCUACAUUUGACACCACUUUAUCAGCUACAUCAACAUUCAACUUCAUUCCCUCCAAAAAAUUAUUGUAAAUCCGGUGUAUAUUUUCAACGCAUGAAUUUCCUGAGUUCUCAGUCAGAACCACCAAAGCCGUCUGCAAGUGAUGCUUCCGAUGAAAAAGUUUCAUUGGUUCAACGGUUUAAAAAUGCCUACAAAGUUUACGGCAAAGUGUUAAUCGUUGUUCAUGGUGUUACUUCUGUCGCAUGGCUGAGUCUUUUCUACCUUAUUGCCUACAGUGGCCUAGAUGUGAUCUCUGUGCUGAGAGGCGUAAAGUAUCUAGACUGGGUGAUCGAACCGAUGUUGUCCCAUGGCCUAGGUUUGUGGGCAUCUGCUCUUAUUCUCUACAAGCUCAGUGCUCCUUUCCGCUACUUAGCAACUCUUGCUACCUCUCGAUUCGUGAUCCGCUCAAUGCGUGCUUGUGGAAUGGCUCCGCCUCUGGCAGAAGAGGAUAGACUUCGAAAUCUGGCCCGCCAGGGUGUUCGUCUGUCGCGAAAACGCAUAAUUCAGUCGAGGGAUAGAGUGCGUGUCCGCUUAAGAUCGGUUUCUUUUAAACACCGACCCAAGAAGCCACCUUCUUAUGGUCUAAAUAUCCAAGAACUGAUGAUGAAUCUCUCCGCUCCGGAAUGGAUGAUGAAGCCAUUUAAAGUUGCCGGUGGCUCUGCUGGAGUCUUCGCAACUGCCUACGUCCUUUACAAAGUUUUUGGUCCGCUGCGUUAUAUGCUCACUCUCUGGCUAACUCCAGUCAUUGUCCAUCGAAUGCGGUCCAUGGGUCGGUUGCCUCCCCUGAGUGAACAGGAUCGACUGCGAAACCUCGCCAAAGAAGGCGCCAAGUUAACACAAGAGCGCUUCCGACAAGGGCGAAGGAGAAAGCAACGCAAACGUUCGUCGAAAAGAUGA